UGUCAUGUGUGAAACGUGAGAUUUAGGUUAUGUUUAUGUUAUUUCUCGGUUUUUAAUAAAUGCAGUGCUAUAAUUUUUUGUGCUAAUUUGUUUUUGUAUUAAAUAACUGUAAUAAACAGUUUGAUUGCUGGAAAAAUGUCUGCAAACGAAGAAAACUCGUUAAAAGAUAAAGAAGAAUUCUCAGAAAGUAAUUUUCCACAAUAUACCCUCUUCGAUAUCAAAAUAGAUCCUGGUUUAAAAGAUGACGAAGGAAACGAAAUACCUAGGCCGUUUACCAAAACCCAUAUGCGCAAGUGGUUGAAAAAAGUAAAAUGGGAAAAUCGGAAAGCUGAAAAGCGAGCACAGGAAAAGGCGCGUGCAAAAGCCAGAAGAAGGGAAGCUCGAGAAGCCAAUAUAGAUAUAGGACCAAAUAGAAAAGCUUUGAAGAAAAUGAAACUAGAGAGACCUAAAAGAAAUAUUGGAAUAAUAAUAGACCUGAGCUUUGAUAAUUUGAUGAUAGAAAAAGAUAGGUUUAAAGUUAUUAAGCAGAUUCUGCGAUGUUAUUCCAUAAACAGGCGAUCAGCUACACCACUUCAAUUCCAUAUUACUAGUUUUGGGGAAAAGUCAAAGAGUGAUAUAGCUAGACAUAAUGGUUAUGAGAAUUGGGAUAUAGAAUAUCAUGAAGAGUCAUAUUUAGAAUUAUUCUCUAAGGAUAAAAUUGUGUAUCUAACAAGUGAAUCAGAUAAUGUUAUUGAAAAUUUUGAGGAAGACACUUAUUAUGUGAUAGGAGGCCUUGUGGAUCAUAAUCAACACAAAGGUCUGUGUUAUAGAAUAGCUAAAGAACAAGGUAUUAGGCAUGGUCAGUUACCUCUCGACAAAUAUAUCAAUAUGAAAACUAGGAAGGUUUUAACAAUAGAUCAUGUGUUUGAGAUUGUACUCAAAGUGUGUGAAGGGGUGUCUUGGCAGAAUGCUCUGAUCAAAGUGUUACCUCUGAGGAAAGGAGCUCAUGUGUGUGAUGGUGUUACUGACUCCAUUUCCAGUGUGGAUGUGUCAUGUGACAGUGAAAAUGACAAUUAGUGAGAAGUUUAUCCAAAUAUGAUAAGGGCUUUUAGUCCUACCCCUCGAUGGAGCCAAUAAAAUUGGCUUCUGAAGGUUGGUGUAAAACUAUAAUUUAUCGAAUAUUCUUAAUGUUACUACUAAAGUCAGGUAAGCCAGGCAAAUAAAAAGCAUGAUAUA